AUGUCGUCUCUUCCAACAGUUGUACUUGUCCAUGGUGCCUGGCACACACCGGCGAACUAUCAAACUUACGUGGACGCCCUGAAGAAGCGGGGGUUUCAAGUUCAUUGCCCCCAGCUACCCACAUGCACUGGUAUACCGCCACCAACAGGUUCCCUAGUUGAAGAUAUCGCCUGUGUAAAAAGUCUAGUGACUUCACUUGUCGAUGAUGGACAACGUGUUUUAAUGAUCCUACACUCCUAUGGUGGCGCUGUUGGUGGAAGUGCUGUGGAGGGGCUCUCAAUUCCCGAACGCGAGGCUGCGGGGAAGCUCGGAGGUGUCAUCCAUUUGCUGUACCUCUGUGCCUAUAUGGUUCCAACUGGGGUUUCUGCGGGUGACAUUAUCAGAGAAGCCAAGUUUGAAGAGAUAUUAAAGGAGAAUUUGGACAUCUCGCCGGAUGGGUUGACGGCCUUGAAAGAUCCCGGGCUGGCGUUUUUCAGCGGGAGGGCCGAUCAAGCCACUGUUGAGAAAGCACUCAAAUCCUUGGUCAGGUUUCCAAAUCAAGCCUUGUAUGAUCCUACGACGGGAUGUGCUUGGAAAACUAUUCCUGCAACCUAUAUUCGUACUUUGCAAGACUAUGCGGUCCCACCGAUCUAUCAAGAGAUCAUACUGGGGAAGGUCAAGUAUGCCGGUAUUGAGGUGAAAGUUGAGACUUUCGAUGCCGAUCACAGUCUCUUUAUUACUGAGCAGGAGGAAAUGGUACAAGCUGCGAUGAAUGCGGCUACGGACGAAAGGAACAGUGCUGGCAGCUACUGA